AUGGGCAUCUCGCUCAUCCAAGAACUCCGAUGGCUCAACAACACGCUGCCGAUUCAGGUCUACACGUGCUUCCCCUCGGAGCUCUCGAACGAUACGCGGUCGCGUAUCCUGGCCGCCGACGCCCUCGACGCCAUCGAGAUGGUCGAUGUGUGUCAGCUCUUGGUCGACCACACGCCAUAUUUACGCAACGUGUGGGACGCGACAACGUACCAGAGCUACUACAUCAAGAUCCUCGCACUGCUGCACACGCACUUGGACGACGUUCUGGUCCUGGACGCCGACGACAUCUUUUUGAGCAACCCCGAUGUGCUCUGGGGUCUCCUCCCGUUUCAAACGACAGGCACGCUCUUCUUCUACGACCGGCAGCUCGACUACACCCAGUUUUUCAACACGCCCACGUCUUACAACGAGACGUUGCUCCACACCUUGCUGCAUUCGUUUCCCUAUGCGCGCUUCAACCUGACGCGGCCCGUGCUCUCACCGCAGCUGCAGCAGUCCAAGGCGUGGCAGCACGCGACAGCGCACGAACAAGACUCGUCGGUCGUGCUGCUGCGAAAGAGCCGCGUCGGGCACGCAAUGUUGCAAGUGCUAUGGCACCUCGUCCACGAAUUGCGUCACGAAUCCACGUACGCGGGGGGCGACAAGGAGUACUUUUGGCUUGCGUGCGUCUUGGCCAAUGCCUCGUAUGCGUUUUCCGAGCACGCGGCCGCUGUCGUGUCACUGCCCGACGACAUGGCGCUGCACAACGAGACACUUUGCGGAAGCCUCGCGCACUAUGUGCCUGAAGCCAGUGUUGAUCCGCCGCUCCUCUAUAUCAACGGACAGUACAUUCUCACGCCACCACGCGAACUGGACGACGCCCUGCAGCCACACAACACAUCGUGGGCGACCCAAAUGGAAGACGCUUUGAUUGCCGCAAUCCCUCAGUACGUGACACCUCGCCACGCGGAGCGGGAGUUUGUGCCAUUUCGAGGCGAGCUCAGUGAUACCUGCUUGAUCGGUCAAGGCGCCAAGCGCAUCGCCGCCGUCGGAUACCACGAGAUUCUCACGCGGCGCAUUCAAAACACGAUCGCGGCCGCGCAAGAACUGCACCCUAGCACGCAAAGCAGCUCGUCGUAA